AUGGACAACUUCAUGACACCGCUGAGCACCAUCAGUGACCUUGCGCUUCAGCACAGCAAGGAAAAGCUCCUCCACAGCAAGGUGAGAGGGCCCUCCCGGCGCAAGCGGGAGUUCAUGCCAGAUGAGAAGAAGGACAACAUGUACUGGGAGAAGAGGCGUAAGAACAAUGAGGCAGCCAAGCGCUCACGGGAGAAGAGGCGUCUCAAUGACUUUGCCAUGGAGAGCCAGCUGGCUGCUCUCAGCGAGGAGAACGCCAUCCUCAGGACAGAGCUGCUGUCCCUGAAGCUGCGCUUUGGGCUCAUCAGCCCAGACACCAGCACCUACCAGGGCCGCUCCCUCCAGGACUUCCUGGGAAUUUAUUUCAGAGGGCACAAAAUAGCCUCCCCAUUCCCCGAGGUGGAGCCCUUUGCUGGAGAUUCCUGCCUCUUCACAACGAAGAGCUUUGUGCCAAAGGUGCUGGAGCCAGCUGACUUUUCAUGCAAAACCUUUGACCCAUCCAGCAACAUCCUUGGCUGUGAUGCAAAGCCGGUUCCUAUGAACACGCCUGACCUUCACCAGCCAAAGAGACUUGAUUCAGCCUUCAGAUCCACAAUUUGCUCUCCUUUCCUCGAUUACAACUGCCCCAACAAAUAUUCUUUCCAUUUGCCUUUCUCAGGCAGCGCCUGCUUCUUGUCCCCUUCUCCCAGUCCAGCAGAGGUGAACAAGGAGAGCACCACAGCUGUCUCAGAUGAAGAUGAUGAGCAGCAAGUGCCCAAAACUUCCCUACCCCCAUAUAGCUUGCCCUGCUCUUCAGAAGAUCAUCCUAAGGGCAGAAGCUGUUCUGCCCUGCCUCACAAACUCCGGAUUAAGACCAAAGCCCUCAGUGGCUCAGAGGAGAGUGGCCUGGAGUCCCGCUGA